CUGCCGGUGGUGAAGCCGGUGUCCCAGCCGCCCAUGCCGCCGGUGCUGCCGCCCAUACUGCCGGCGCUGCUGCCCGCGCCCAUGCCGCAGCCCUUGCUGCCGCCGGUGAUGCCGCCGCUGGUCCAGCCGCCCGUCACCCAGCACGUGUUGCCGCCCAUACCGACGCCGCCCUUCUCGGCCGGGCUCUUGGCCGCCAUCAGCCAACACGAGCAGAAGCAGCGCAACAGCGGCAGCGCCCAUCCCGCGCCCGGCGCUGCCAGCGGGACCUCGGCGGGACACAAACCCUUCCACAAACCCUUCCAGUCGGCCUUGGAUGAGCCCAUCAAAUCCCCGUUCGGGGUGGUGAAGGCGUCCUGGCUGCCCGUGUUCCCGGAUUCGAAGAGCAAACGCCUGCCCACCCCGUCCAUGAUGAACGACUACUAUGCCACGUCGCCGCGAAUAUUCCCACAUUUGUGUUCUCUGUGUAACCUUGAAUGCACUCAUAUGAAGGAUUGGAUCCUGCACCAGAACAACCCCGCCCACCUCGAGAGCUGCCGCAGGCUGCGCCAACAAUAUCCCGAGUGGAAUCCUGAGGCUCACUCCUCCAACAGGAAUGCCGCCGACCGCAAGGAGAACCGCACCCCCAAGCACCGCUCCAGCUCGUCCAGCCCGAGGUCUACAGAAAAGCAGCUCUGGAAGCCGUGA